AAUGGAGGCAGCGCUGUGCACAGUGACAACGCGAGUAUCAGCGAUAACAUCAGCGUUGAGUCUUCUCACGAAUGUCUCUUCGUGGUGUCGGAUUAUGACUACUUGAUGCACAAUCAUACUCAGCAGCAGCUCAGCUGGACUGAUCGUUCAGGGAGCAAGACAAGUUCAGAGAAUGAUCAUGUGUUGAAGGACGAAGACCCAGAAAAGCAUGCAGAGGCUUCAGUCGAGGAGUUCUCCCAAGUGGACGCAAGAUUCAACCAUUUGAAUUCGAUGCUGUAUACAAUGGAAGAUCGGUUGUUCAGCGUGGAAUCGAAACUGCGUGUUCAAAAUCCAAGCAAGCCGAGCAUGAGCCUGCGCUCAGAGGAUUGGGAGUUUGACUUGAUACGCUCGGAGAGGAAAUCCUCCUUCCUCAGCUUGAAAGGCUCAAGGUCGAGCAGCAGUCAGACGUCGCUUGAGCGACCUUUCGUCAGGUUGCCGCUGCAGUCUCCCUUGCUCUUAACAAGCCCGAGAGGAUGCGCGGGCAGGCCUUGGAUGUCGCAGACCCCGCGAGAGGAAGGACGGCAGCUCCCUUGCAAGGAUCCCGACCUCAUGACCGAGGACAGCGACCUUGAAAUGAGCAACAAAGUCGACCUGCCCCUAGUCUGUACGAGUUCAGCGGCUUUGAGCACUUCCGAAUCUUCGUCUAUAUCCGACGGGGAUAGGGUUUCAGUCGGAGAAAACAAGCAGUGUCCUGAGGAACCGAAGCUUGUCUCGGACGAGCCCAACAGAUUCAGGCGAUCAA